AUGCUUCUGCGAGUUGUGCUGGCAGCUGCGCUCUGCGUGGUGCUCAGUUCGGGCGCCACUCAUCAUAACCCCUACUGCGAGCUGAGCGAAAUGCACACCAUGUGUCAGUACGAGGGCAUCGGGCCGGCGUGCAAACGGGUUGAGGCACGUGAAGUCGACCACGAAGACAUCAACGUGAUCACUAGCGCGCGUGGCACAGAGACUGGCCGAUCAGUGUGUCUACAGGCACGACUGCAAGGAGUGCCGAGCGCUCGACCGUUUCGACGUGGCCAGAACCUGGCUGUGACGCACGGCGCCGACAAGGGAAAACAGCCCAACUGGAAGGCUACCAUAAGACAAUGGUUCGACGAAGUCCGGGCUUUCAACCACAGCAACAUCAAACCAUUCAAGUUUUCGCACGACUUUGGUCAUUUCACCCAGAUGGUGUGGGCCACCACCCAGAUGAUUGGCUGCGGCUACUCCAUGUAUUUUGCCGGCGGCCAGUGGAACAAGCUGUACGUCUGCAACUACGGCCCGAUGGGUAAUGUGCUGUUCGACGAGGUGUACGAGGCGGGCCCUUCGUGCAGCCGGUGUCCGGCCGGCACCCAGUGCUCGACUCACUACCCCGGACUCUGCGCUGGUGGUGCCAAAUCGGGCCAUCUCCAGGCCGGUACGAGCAUCCAAGACCUACUAAAUCAGCUGUCGGGAGGCAGUUCCGGGCAGCCUGCUCCGCAAGCCGGCGGACUAGGCGGUCAAAGCAUCCAGGAUAUGAUUAGCCAGCUUGGCGGCGGAGGAAAUGGUGGCCAGCAGGGUGGCGGUCAAAGCAUUCAGGACAUGAUUAACCAGCUUAGCGGCGGCGGCGGCUAUGGUGGCCAGCAGGGUGGCGGUCAAAGCAAUAGCAUCCAGGACAUGAUUAACCAGCUUGGCGGCGGUGGUUAUGGUGGCCAGCAGGGUGGCGGUCAAAGCAUCCAGGACAUGAUUAACCAGCUUGGCGGCGGCGGUGGUUAUGGUGGCCAGCAGGGUGGCGGUCAAAGCAUCCAGGACAUGAUUAACCAGCUUGCCGGCGGUGGUUAUGGUGGCCAGCAGGGUGGCGGUCAAAGCAUCCAGGACAUGAUUAACCAGCUUGGCGGCGGCGGUGGUUAUGGUGGCCAGCAGGGUGGCGGUCAAAGCAUCCAGGACAUGAUUAACCAGCUUGGCGGCGGCGGUGGUUAUGGUGGCCAGCAGGGUGGCGGUCAAAGCAUCCAGGAUAUGAUUAACCAGCUUGGCGGCGGUGGUUAUGGUGGCCAGCAGGGUGGCGGUCAAAGCAUCCAGGACAUGAUUAACCAGCUUGGCGGCGGUGGAAAUGGCUAUGUUGGCCAGCAGGGUGCUACGCAAGCUGGCGGUUUGGGCGGCCAAAGCAUACAAGACUUGCUGAACCAGCUGUACGGUAGCAGUGCUGCUGCUCCGCCUCAGGCACAUGGAUCGCAGCAACACCCAGCGCCGGGCGGUCACCGGGGAAGCAGUGGCAAGGAACUGUUGCACUGCGACUUUGAUCAGGUUUCCUGUAAAAUAUCAUUCAAAGGCGUACCCUGGAAGCCGCAGGCUACCAGCACCAGUCAUGGCAACGCGCUGACCGCCACUGUGAAAGCUGGUGAGGGCACCGAAGUCCUCUUUGAACAAAUCAUACAAAACCCUCCAAGCCAAGAACUUUGCAUCUACUUCUCUUACAUGAAGUAUGAGUCGCAGGGCAGGCAGCCUGUCCCUUUGCUAAUGACAAUAGAGGCGAUGAAGAGCAAUGUCGUCAACAAACCAAACGCGUUGCCACAGAACACCAAGGAUAUGCUGUCGUACGCUCUCCAACUGAAACAAGUGAAUGCUCCGAUGCGUCUGCACUUCUCGCUCAGCGUUCCCAAGACGGCGGCCGGCCAAGUGACUGUGGUAGCUGUGGACAAUAUUAAAGUGGUACCUGGUCAAUGCUAAAUGCACGUUACCGACCGGCUGUUAGUCGCGUGAACGUUCUGCAUCCUACCUAGCAUGGCAGUUUAGUACAACCUUUCGAGCGAAAAUACAUCAGCUAUGCGUAA